AUGGAUGGGGUGGAGACCAACUACAACGCAUGGGACUCGCUUGCUGCACUUGAAACAAAUGGGACUGUUGGAUCCAGUCCACUCAUAAUCAAAUCACACAGUGGUACUGGACAAGGCGUCGCUAGUUCAGUGUCAGGAGCGUCAGUGGGUGUGAAUAUCAGACUGGUUUCGGGGGAACUUGAAGAAACUACAAAUCCAUCACUUUCAAAUUAUUGCCACAUUGCCGAUUCUUUAAAAAACGACAACUGUGUCGUGCAAAUCGUAAAUACUCUCCUUUCAGUCACAGCUGGAGAACUUUCCGAGUCGAACUUCACAAACUUACCGUUCACGUUUCCCGAGGGCUCGUCUGGCUCAGGAAAGAGUCAGAUGGGCUUUAAUAUCAAAGCCAAUAUCGGUAAUGAGAGGAGAGUGCACUACUUCCUGUUUGAUCCUCCUAGCUCAACAUCACAGGAUAUUUACCGCAAUUUCCAAAACACUUCAAAGUUGUUCAGCAAGUGUUAUGUGGCGGAUGAGCACAUGUAUAGCUCUGAAGCUUCGUCUCCAAGCUGUGGCUCGUUGUUCAAAGAAAGUCUAUAUAUUUAUGGAUUUAUUUUUGAACUGCUAUCUGAUAAAACUCAGUCAUCCAGAAUAAACACUGAUCUAAGUCAAUGGAUUUCUUGGAAAGUCAUCAGUUUUCAAACAUCUUUGUCAGUCUUUGAAUCAAUACUGAUCGUGGAUGAUUGA